CCUCAACGCCAUCAGCAACAGGCAAGCAUCAAGCAGCAACUUGUCAAUGUGUAUGCUGCAGGAGCUGGAGCUGCAGAAGUGUGUGUGGGAGGAUAGAGGGGACAAGGUGGAGGAGCGGUGUAGAGCCUGGGAGAAGGAGCAAAAGCAGAGCCAGACGGGGAGCCAGACUCAGUUGCAGGACGCCAAGAAGGUGGCUGUGGUUAAUUGGUGGAAAGCCCGCAGCGUGGAGGGGGCUAAGGCCCGGACAAAAGACCCUCAGCCGGGCCCGGAGGUCUCUGAGACACGAGCAAAGCUUCAGCAAGCAGAGCAGACCAUCAGUGAUAUGAGGGAGCAGAUCUGCCUCCUGCAAGCUUCUGUAAGAUCUGCACAGGAGUGUGUUACUGAGCAAAAGAUCCGCAGUCUUUAUAUCGACAAGGGAACCAACACUGAGAGAGAGGAGCCAGGCAGAGUGGUGGAGAAGGUUGUGAAGGAUCAGAGGGAUGCAGCCGUGUCCACUGAGAUUACAGGUGGAGCUUCAGAGCAGGAGCAAACCCAACUCAGGGUGACCGCAGACGGCCUCCUGGAGACUCUCAGGAGGAUGGAGGCAAUGGUGAACAGCGCCCUGGAGACUGCCGAACUGGUGAGAGAGAGCGAGCAGAGGGUGGGCCAGGUGAGAGCGAGGAUGGAGAGCAUAACCCUGAAGGUGGAGAAGGCUCUGGAGCAAGCAGCCGACUCUGAAGAGCAGCUGAACAAGCUGGAGGCCAAGAGUGGAGAAACAAAUCAAACUCAGUCUCCAGGUUUCAGUGUACCAGCUGAUCCUGGAACAGAUGUCCCUCGUUUUAAGACUGAGUCCGAUGUGGAGCCCGCAGACGGAGAUGUUGCUCCUCCAUCUCCUGUCAGUGAGCCUCUGCAACUCCCCAUGAAUGGUGGCACAGGACGAGCCGGCUACAGCAAGUUCCAGGAAGAGGAGGACCCCUUCCCAGACGGAUCUCCUCCAGAGCAGAGUGAUCAUAACCUCGACGAGUCCUGUGCUGCCCCCUGCACAACUGAGAGACAUUUUGUGUUCCCCCACACCCGCUCACGCCCCCCUCUGCUCCCCGCCAUGCCCACCCUGCCCGAGGAAGAGGAGGACUCCCCCGAAGAGAUGAACAGUUCCUCCAGCUCUCCCAGUACAUCUACACCUAGUCGAGCUGUCGUCAUGACUGCCCCCACCAUCAUCUACCCACAGCAGGCCACUAUUGUCCAACAAGAUGGACAUCCUCUGGAGCAGACCAGGCCACACAGUCCUAGAUCUCGCAUGGCCAGAAACUCCUCUGGAGGACCAAUCACCAGAGUGGACAGCACAGGUAAUGUGAUCGACCUGGUGAAAGAUCAGCUCCCGGAGCUGCAGCUCUCUGAGGAGGAUCGACAGAAGAACCUGGAGCUGCUCCAGCAGGCCAAGAAGGUCAGCGACCGAUUCCUGACACGCCGUGGCCGCCGCUCCCUCACUGACUCACCACCAGGUCUUUCUCCAACUCCAACUCCAACUCCGUCGUCCUCACCAUGUUCCUCUAGAAGCAGCUCAUUGACUGUGGCUCCUCAAACUGCUGUAGGACCUACAGAGGCGACUCAUGUCAGCUCACAGUCAGUUGGGCAGGAGUUCUCUUCAUUGCGAGAGCAGACAGACCUAACGACACAAGAUCAGGAGGGCAACAGGCUGCUGGUGGACUGGAAGCCCUCUGAGAAGAGGAAAGUUUCCUCUGGGACUUUGACGCCUCGUUUUGCUGUUCAGAAGGAGAACUGUGACCCUGCUGUACCUAAGAGUCCCCCAGCAGUCGGUAAAACAGAUGAAGGACCUGGUCCAGGCCGUAACCCCAACCAGGCCCCGGCCACAGGGGUGGCAAAGCCCGUCCCCCGACCCCCUACUCAACAGGCCCCCUGUACAGCAGAGAUCAAGACCAUCGGGGCCUUCCCUCCUCUUAUGAGGGCUGUUUCCUGGGAUGCUGUAGGCACCCUUAAUUCAAGGAACGGAGCCCCUAGUUUCCCUCCAACAGCGGAGGAUACCUUUUCAGACAAGCCCAGGGAUGCUGUCUUCAAAUCUUCAGGGUACAAGGACCUCCCCAGCCAGCAGGGGAGUGUACAGAAACUGUCUAAAUUCAGAGAGGAGCACAAGCUGAUGCGUAACCAAAGCAUAGUCGGAUCAAAAUUACCUGACUUGAGUGAAGCAGCUGAACAGGAAAAAGGUCUUCCAGCUUCUCCAAACUCACUCACUAGUGAAGAGGCAAAGGAGAAGUCUGACUCCAUGCCAAACAUUUCAGAUCUGAUGCUGAGAAAACUUAAACUCCACCGAGGUCUACCGGGCUGUGCCCCCCCUCUCACUGAAAAAGAAGUUGAGAAUGCAUUUGUCCAGCUGUCACUGGCAUUUCGUAAUGACAACUACACUCUGGAGAUGCGGCUCAAACAAGCGGAGAGGGAGAGGAACCUGACGGAGGAAGACACAGAGAGAGAGCUAGAAGAGUUCAAAGGAGCGCUGAAGGUUUCGUCACCACAGUGGCAAAACCUGGAGCAGCGUGAAUCCUUCCAGCGAUUAAUCGAGACGUUAGUGGUGCUGCACCGACUGGCCACGAGGCUCUCCAGCAGAUCAGAGAUCGUCGGAGCAGUUCGACAGGAGAAACGCAUGAACAAGGCAACUGAGGUCAUGAUGCAAUAUGUGGAAAAUUUGAAGAGGACCUAUGAGAAAGACCACGCAGAGCUGAUGGAGUUUAAAAAGCUGGCCAACCAGAACUCAAACCGCUGUUACAAUCCUUCCGUAGACACUGGAGAUGAUGGAGUUCCACGGCCGUCAAGAUCAAUGUCCCUCACCCUGGGAAAGGCUCUGCCAAGACGUAGGGUGAGCGUAGCGGUGGUGCCUAAGUUUAACCUCCUCAACAUCCCAGGUCAGACCCCAGCCACAGCUGUGCUGGGCUCCAACAUGGGCCCCAGCACAGGACCCACCGCAAGUGCUGCUCUUCCUGUCCUGUGUGAAGCAAAUGAUGUGAAAGCCAACGCUCCCUCAGAGGCAGCACAACCAGCAGCAGAAUGUGGAAAGAGUGUGUCGGAGCCGGAAAGUGAGCCAGCCAAGCCUCCAGUCAACUUAGAGGAGAUCAGAGCCGAGAUCAGAGCCGAGCUCAAGGCAAAAAUGGAGGAGGAGGUGUAUAAUAAAGGCUUCCAAGAGGGACUAAAGCAAAGCAAAGUGCUCCAGGAGGAAAAGCAGGAAGAGGAAAACGCUGCAGAGAAAUUGCUUGAAUCCAAAAAUAAGGAUGAAGAGAGUGGAAAGAAGAGAAGGACAAGCAGGAGGAUGGAGGAGGUCCUGGUUCUUCUUGGUCGCUUUUGGCCCAAGUUCCCCUUGAGUCGGCGUCUUCUCUGGGUCGCCCUGACGCUGUUCGUGGGGAUGUGCCUGGUCAUCAGUAUUUUUACCUUCUUCAGUGACUACUACAAAAGACGUGAGGACACGUAAGCAGGGACGAGAUCUAUGGACUGAGUGUAGCAGGACAACCAAAGAACACCAGCACAGAAAACUGAGGUGGUGAUCUUCCGUCUGUCAGUUCACCAUAUCUUCACAUUGGACUCACUUGAAUCCAUGACUCUGACUCUCGAGGGGCUAAGAUUUGGAAGGCUUUUUGGAUCAUGUUGCCUUUGUCUUAGUUAACAGCAUUAAGUUAUGAUUGUAUUUCAGUUGAAAAAUUGACAGAUUGUUUGACACAGCGAUAAAAAAGAAGAUUGUUGUUUAGGGACCAAUUAUAUAGUGUGAUAAUAUAUAUUUAAAUUAGAUUCAUACGUAAGAAUAUCUUCUGGUUUGUGUACUUUCCAUUAAUACCGUUGUAGUAAAAGUGAAUAUUGUUUAUCUGCACUCUAGUGUUUUAGUAUAAUCUCUCAGGUCCAAUAAAUAAUGAAGCCCGUGAGAGACUUUGAAUUCAUAUUUAAAGAUAUAGAAAGUAAAGGAAUGUUUUCAUGUUUUUGUUUAAUUUCUAUAAUGUGUAUUUAAAUACUUUAAAAUGGCACAUUCCAAAGUGCAAUAUUUUUCAGCUGAUGGUCCUCGUUGUGCCAUCUUGUAUUGUGUGUUCAGAGCACUGAGAGAUUUUUCUUUGAUUAGAUGGCAUGAGUCUUAAUUUUUUAACUUCUUUGCACAAGUGUGCCUACCUGUGUUGUUUGUUGUUUGUGGAUGUUAUGCUCUGCCACUUCACCUUUUAAAUAAAGGUGCCUGAAAGAA